GUCUUUGGCAACUCCUCAAUUAAUUGAAUCUCUUGACAAUGUUUCUUACAUUUUCUAGGAGCAAAAGUUCAGACCUAAAUAAAAAUAUUUUUAAGUUCUAAUUAUAAAAUAAAACUUUAAAAUAUCCUACUGAAAAUAAUAAAUUUUAUACAUAAAAAAAAUCUUUUGCUACUGCUGCUAUCUCCGCAAUUUGUAACGAACCUUCAAGAACUGAUUUGAUCAGAGGCUCGCGCUUCCAGUUACCUUGCGCGUCCCUAUAAAAACCCCAAUUUGCCAAAUAUUUGAGUUCAAAUCAAAUUUCGAACACAUUUCUCCAAAGAGGUUAUCUUCUACAAUGUUCAACAACCAUAGUAUCUCGAUCUCCGUUUCGGACGAUGAGUCGGACGAGCUCGUUAAGAUGAUAGUUCGAGUCCCUAGAAAGCGCAAGAAACCAGGUUACCGAGACAAUAACGAGUUAACUCGCCGAGUUUUUAGGCUUCUUGUGAAGUACUGGAUGGUUCUGAUCUUCCUUCCCGCAGCUGGAUUGCUCGUAUUCGAGGCCUGGAGGAUUGGUAGGAGGCCGAGUUUGGUGGUGAGCUCGGAACACGGCAUGAUAAAGGAAUCGGAGAUAAAAUCUCAGGAGAAUUUGAAUCGCCUCGAUCCAACGACUCGGGUUGUCGGCGGCGUUAGAGAACGUUGCUUGAAGCUCCUACCUCCAGACGAACUUGAGCAUCUGGAUCUAUCCAUGCAUGAAGAUACCAGUGGUCCUGUUAAAAGUGUUCUAUACAUGUCAGAGAAAAAAACAACAUUUCUAGACAGGAAUGCAACUCUUCCUCAGCAGAGCUCGGAAAUCAAAAGAUUUAAUUUAUUUCCCGGAAACCAAACUCUUGAUCAGAGAGACAAAAGUUUUAAGUGCUUACAGGUGAAAGAAACUGCUGCAAUACAUUGCGGAUUUUAUAGUGAAAAUGGAGGGUUUAGAAUUUCGGACGAGGACAGAGGUUACAUGGAAACUUGCAAGGCUGUCGUGUCUACUUGUGCAUUUGGUGGUGGAGAUGACCUUUAUCAACCUAUAGGAAUGUCGGAGGCAUCAGUCCAAAAGGUAUGCUUUGCUGCAUUCUGGGAUUAUGUUACUGUGGAAACACAAGAAUCUGUGGGACAUAGAAUUGGUGAGGACCAUUUUAUAGGGAAAUGGCGAAUUGUGGUUGUAAAAGAUCUUCCCUUCUCAGACCAAAGGUUGCAUGGUAAAAUCCCAAAGAUGUUGACCCAUCUCCUCUUUCCUCAAGCAAAGUACUCUAUUUGGGUGGACUCGAAGUCCCAAUUUAGAAGGGACCCUUUAGGUGUCCUGGAAGCUCUGCUUUGGCGGUCAAAAUCUGUACUUGCGAUUUCAGAACAUGGAGCUCAUAGCAGUGUGUAUGAUGAGGCUAAGGCUGUUGUCAAGAAAAACAAAGCUACGCCAGAAGAAGUUGAGGUUCAGUUGAGUCAAUAUCGACAUGAUGGGUUGCCUGAUGACAAGAGAUUUAAUGGGAAGAAAGCCUUAGCUGAAGUGUCAGUCAUUGUGAGGGAGCAUACACAUUUGACUAAUCAGUUUAUGUGCCUCUAGUUUAAUGAGGUUGUUCGAUUUACUUCUCGGGAUCAACUCAGCUUCCCGUACUUUUUAUGGCAAUUCAAAGUGCUCAAGAAUAUCAAUAUGUUCCCUGUCUGCACCCGCGAAGAUCUUGUUAACAGCAUGGGCCAUAUACGCAAAGCUAAGCCUUUAAAAACUUGACUCUUGGUACUUUGACCACUUCCACUUGUUCAUUCAUUCUUAAAUCUUAAUUCAAUUUGUAGUUAAAUUAUUUUUUGA